GAGCGCGCCACUGAUGGCGACCACCAAGCGAGCCAGACGACGGCGCAACCAGCUUCCACAGUGCUACUACGAAGGAUACCUGGAGAAGAGAUCAUCCAACGACACGGCAUCUCGGAGACUAUGGACAUGCUUGUGUGGGAACACUCUUUUCUUCUUCAACAACACUAAAGACAACGAUUAUGUGGAAAAACUGGACCUCAUUGACGUCAUCUCCUUGACGGAUGACUGCAAUCGAGACAGAAACCUGGAGGCAGCAAGACUCAUCCUACACAUGAAGGAUGGGGAGAUCAAAAUCACUGCCCCAAGUCUAGAGGCUCGAGAACUAUGGAAAGGUUUCAUCUAUUCUGUAGUUGAGCUGUCAGUGCCCAGCUCACUUAACCUGCUGCCAGGCCAGAUCCACAUGAUGAGGGAGACAGUGGAGACAGAGAGGGAGAGACAGAACAACCUGUCCCUUACCCUUGCUGCAGCAUCCAGCUCCAACCUCGUAGAGGACAUGCCUGCGUGUUACCAGCCUGUGUCUCGUACCGAGGCAGAGAUUAUGUUGGAGAGACACUCUGACCGUGGGAACCUGCUGCUGCGGCCUAGCAGGGAUGGAGCCUCAUUGGCUGUCACCACUCGACAGGACCUCAAUGGGUCUGUAUUCAGACACUAUCGCGUGGCUAGGAAACAUGACGGAGGAUACACCUUCGAUGUAGAGACUCCAAUCCCCUGUGCCACACUGCAUGGUGUCAUCAACUGUCUUGUGGAGAAGACGAAUGGAGCUCUGACACCCUUCAUUAUGGAGGGACCCUAUGAAAGGAGCAUCACGUUUGUUCAGGCAAAUGAGGAGAGUGGAGAGAAUAGUCUGCAGUGUGCCCCCAUUACUCCCAUCCCCCCUGUGCCAGUCCCUGCCCUCCCUCCCAAACCAGGUCCAAGAGAGCGUGUACCAACUCCAGAGUCUGAGUCAGAUAGAGGAGACACCCAGGAAGAAAAGGAAGAAGACACUGCAGUGCAGGCUGCUCACCCCCCUCAGCCUCCUCCCACAUGCUUUCGUCUGCCAAGAGCUGAGAGGAAGGCCCUGAAGCCACCACUGAUGCCCCCUGUUCCUACACCUCGUACCUUCCCCCCCACCUCUACAGAGACCCCUGAUGCCAGGUUGAGACGCCUCGCUGUAAAUUCUGGCCCACUAGACGCUGUGGCUCAGACCAUAUCUGAGGAGCUGAAACUGAAGUUGGAGAAGAGGAUGGCGCAUCAACAGUGACCUCUCCUGGCAGCUAUUCCAUCUUCAGGUGGAAAAACCUGCUACAACAAUGGCCUCACAACAAAUUGGGGACACUGCCUCAACUCCCUACUACUGCCCUAAAGCUUGAUUAAAAUUGGCCCUACUAGGGCCAGUUAAGUACUGUCGCUUAUAUGUGAAUUACAGUUCAAAGCAUGUCAGAUGGGUGCCGAAUGCCUUUGGGUCAAAUUCUCCCAGAGAAUCUGUCUAUAGCCACGUUUAUACCUGGUGCUAACAUGCGCCCUUUGUCCUGAUCUUGUCCACAUUCUAAAUGUGCCCACAAUUUAAAUAAUCCUUAUACCGGCCUCUAAAAUCAUUGACAGGUAGCACCAUUGAUUUAUGGCAUAAGUAAUUGUUUUAAAAUAAAUACAUUCAUAUUUUUUUGAAAGAAUAUCUGUCAAGUAAUUUGCAUACAGGGAAGCACCAGCUAAUCUGGUCACAAUGUGGAAAAAUGUAUGCACUCACUAAAAACUGUAAGUCGCUCUGGAUAAGAGCAUCUGCUAAAUGACUAAAAUGUAAAAUGAUUUAAUACAAUGUGUAGACGCGACACCUUGAUCAGAUAGUGAUUGGAUCAUAUUGAUCAUGAAACACACGUUAGCGCAAGGUGUAAACUAAGCUAAUGUCUGGUAGACAGACAGACAAGGGCUGUGUAUCCCUCUCUCUGGCCUCAUCCUACCCUGGGCAGCUCAGACUCUCAGAAGAUUAAUGCCUUAUCGAUUCCUCCUUCCUUGAUCGCUUCAUCCAAACCACACACUAGCAGAUGAACGGACUGUAAAUCACCAUGUAAAUGUCACAUUAUCCACACCAAGGUUGUUUUAGAUUUGUACAAUUACUUAAAAAGUACAACUUGAUUUUUUUUCUAUAAUCCAAUAGGCCUACAGUAUCAAAUAUUUGUCUAAACCUGUCAGUGUUGUUGGCUCUUGUUUAAUAUGUUUUGUCUUCUGAUAUAAUACUACAAUUUUUACUGGGAGCAUUAUAUUUGUCUCUCAGUUCUAUGACAGACUUUUGUCAGAAAAGCAAUAAAGCCAAUGUCUUUUGAA